AUGUCGGACCUCAAAUCCUACUACAACGACUACCACCAACGCCGCUCAACCCCACAAUCCCCGCUCCCAAAACAUCUCAGCACACCCAACAAGACAAAGACCCAAAAAUCCCGUUCCCAAUCGCCCGCCGUUCCCUCCUCCAACCGGUGCUGGGACUGGAUCAUCGUCGGCGGCAACAGCCACUACGCCAAGAACCGCGCUUCGUUCCGCAGCUACCGGCGCGCACCGGGGAAGAUCGGCGGCAAUAAGGUGCUGGGUGUCGGGACCGUCGAACUGCAGGUACGACGCCGGGAGUCAGCAGGGGACGAGCACACGCACACCCUGGUCUUGCAGGACGUGUUGCAUAUGCCCAAGGCCCGCUGCAACGGGCUGAGUCUGGAGAAGUAUCGACGGGCGAAUCCCCUCUCUGUGGUGGUGGAGACGGAGAAGGAGCAUUUUCAGGCGACGAGCGAUGUGGAUAGCGAGCCGCUGUGGUGUGCGGAUGAGUACUGCGGGUUGUCGAGGGUCGUGUUGGCGGGGAGGCCCUCCGGGCAGUCGUAUUUGAGGAGUGGACAGGUGUAUACGUUGAGUGUGAUUGCGUCGGAGGGGGAGCUGGAGAGGUUGAGGAGAAAAGUGAUAGAGAGGGAUUGGACGGUUCAUGCUUGA